CAAUGAUACAUAGGCGACAGAGCUUACAGGGUAACGAAAGGGAAAAAAAUAUGUCUUUUGUAGUUCCCAGACAUUAAACAUGCUUCCACAUUGUAUGAUAGGGCACAAGCAGCUUUGGCAGCACGACUUCAGGAACAGGAAAAGAAAUAUGAAAAUGAAUCGAGAAAGCUGGUUUUCGAUCCGAAGCGUGGUGCAUUUGUGCCCGUUAAAAAGAAAGGUAUCAUUUUGAAAAGUGUAGACAGGAGAGAGUGUGUGUAUGUGUGUCGUUCUCAACGGAUGACUCAAUCGACCGAAACAUUGUCAUAGAAUCGAAAACAUCCACAUCCACGAGUAAGUCGGAUGAAGAGUCUGAUUCCACUUCAGGUUCUAGCAGUGAUGACAGCGACAGUGAUAUGAGUACGAGCGACGAGGAAGACGAACAAGCAGAGGCAUUCAAUGUUUCAGAUCAAGAAGAAAAAGUUGUUAUAGAAGCAGAAGAAGAAGGAGAUAUACCACUGCCUACCGAGUCCGUAGCAGCGCCACCAUCUACGGCUGGAACAACGGAAGAAGAAAAGCAGCCAAAGAAAAAAGAGUUGACAGAAUCAGACGAUGAAUACGAAAUACCUCUUCCGCCAGGCCCACCCCCACAUAGACCGUUUGCUGAACAAUUAGAACCCAUUCAAACAGCACAACAAAGAAUACCACCUCCUCCACCUCCUGGUCCACCACCCUUCCCUGUAGCUUAUCCUCCAGGAACAAUCCCGCCGCCCCCACCACCUUUCCCAUAUGCCCACCCAAAUUAUAUAAAUACAAUGCCUGUCCCUCCCCCACUACCUCCUCCAGUAGGCAUGAUGCCAUAUCAACAGCAAAGACCUAUGCUAUACCAACCUCCUCCUCCUCCACCUGCAUCUUCCUAUGGAUCCGCUCCAGUUCACUAUUAUCCCAACCGUACUCUCCAUAAUAUGCCGCCAAGACCGGCUACCACAACUGCCUCCUCACAACCACAGCAAGCCGUGAAGGUCACUCCUGUUAUUUCUGCAGAACCUCAAUUACGUGACCUCCAAAAGGAAGCAUUACAGUUUGUGCCAGCUGCUAUUCGUAAGAAACAACAACAUGCUAAAAAAGUGGCUGCUUUACCUAAAGGCGCAAGACCUACCAUCAAUGCUGCUCCUUCCAUUGAAGAAGAAGAACAAGAGAAAGAAUUAUAAUGUACAUAGCAUCUUUAACACACCUAGGAAAAAUAAACCAAAAAUAAAACAUAGUGUAUUUUUGUCGGCUA